AUGAAUUCGAAUUCAUCCAUUGAAUUGAUGCUGAAAGAAAAUGCUGAAUUUAUUGUUCAACAAGGCAAAGGUAUAUUAGCUGCCGAUGAAAGUCCAUCAUCGAUUGUUAAACGAUUUAAUUCAAUUGGAGUCGAGAAUACUACUGAACAACGUCGUAUCUAUCGACAGUUACUUUUUACGACACCUGAUAUACAACAAUAUAUAAGUGGAGUUAUAAUGCACGAAGAAACAUUUAAUCAAACCAAUGAUAGUUCAGUUCCAUUUCCCAUGAUGCUUUCUCAAAUCGGUAUUCUACCGGGCAUUAAACUCGAUCGUGGUUUAGAAUCCUUAACAAUAAACACAAAUGAAACAACAACAUUAGGUUUUGAUGAUUUAGAAAAACGUUGUGAAGAUUUUUUUAAUCGAGGUGCUCGAUUUGCUAAAUGGCGUUGUGUAUUACGUAUUAAUAAACUGAAAAAUCAGCCAACAGAUGUAGCUAUUGCACAUAAUGCUAUUAUUUUAGCUCGAUAUGCAUCCGUAUGUCAAGCCAAAGGUUUAGUACCAAUUAUUGAGCCUGAAGUAAUACCCGAUGGGGAUCAUGAUAUCAAUGUUUGUCAAUAUGUAACAGAAAAAGUUCUUGCUGCUACAUUUAAAGCUUUGUCAGAUUAUGAUAUUUACCUCGAAGGUUGUUUACUUAAACCAAACAUGGUUACAUCAGGACAAGAAGCUAAGAAGAGAGUAAAAUCAACAGAUAUUGGUGAAAGAAAAUUUGAAAAUAAAACCAAUUAUCUCCGUAAUGUUUUCUGUUUAUUUAUUAUUUUAGCACUGGCAACAAUUACAACAUUGAGUCGAACAUGUCCACCAGCUUUAGCUGGUAUUGUUUUUCUUAGUGGUGGUCAAUCUGAAGAAGAUGCAACAAUUAACUUGAAUGAAAUGAAUAAAACACUCUAUCGAUUCAAACGACCAUGGCCAUUAACAUUCAGUUAUGGACGAGCAUUACAAGCAUCAGCUUUAAAAGCAUGGAGUGGAAAACGAGAAAAUGAAUUCAAUGCUCAACAGAGCUGUUUGAAAAGAGCUGCAGCGAAUGCAGCAGCUGCUAAAGGAGAAUAUGACGGAAAACAAAUCAGUAAUGAAGCUAAAAAGAAUCUUCAUGUAGCUGAACACAAUUAUUAA